UUGUACAUGUACAUGAAAUACCCCUUCCUGAUGGAAGACCUAUUAUCUUCUGAGUGGCCUUUUAGUGGAGUUUCACUGGUCAUAUCUAUCAUUGGAGGCUUGAUACUGGUAGCACUACUAUUCAAACGAUCGUAUUCCACUGUAAAGGAUCCAUCACUGUGUGAUUCACCCAACUGUGUAAGAUGCAGGCAAAGCAAAGAAAGCGAUCAAGUCAUCACCAAUACUCUAAAAGAGAGAUGUCUCCAAUACAUAACAAAGUAUCGAUGUGCAGCAGCGAAUCCCAAUCAAGUUCUAGCAGAAGAAUAUCCACGAAUAUUGGACGCCAUCUCAAGUCUUGCUGACAAACCAAACAUUCUCGCCUCAGUGUACGAGUUCUCUGGCUAUAAACUCAGCAAUGAAACUCAACAUCCACACAUCUGGACAGUUCCUGACCUCACGAGAAGGCCAUUCUGGAAUCCACACACAAUCGUACAAAUUAAGAGUAUUUUCACAACAGCUGUCUUCAAUCGAGUGCUGGAGGACUAUAAAACGGUCAACUCAACCGAGCAAGGAUGGAAAUUGAACAACACACCCACUGGGAAGUGGAGAAUUUAUCCGAUCUUCAAUCAAGGAAACAAGGUUGUCGAUAAUUGUGUCAAUUGCUCGGAUACAGUACGAAUUGUGGAGUCAAUACAAACAUUCAUGCACGGCUGUGUCUAUGGUAACACUAUGUUCUCAGUGCUGCACUCCAAUAGUGUGAUUGAGCCACACACUGGACCGUGUAACUUCAGACUUAGAUGUCACCUUCCGUUAAUAGCCCCCUCGGGAUUUAAGGUUCGAGUUGCCACGGAGACCAGAGAAUGGACGAGGGGAGAGCUACUGGUAUUUGACGAUUCGUGUGUGCACAGUGUGUGGUAUGAGGGGGCGGGGUCAGGGGUGGAGCCUCGUGUGGUCCUGAUACUCGAUAUUUGGCAUCCAGAAUUGAGAACUAAUGAAAUUGAUAUGUUAAGACAUUGUUAUUCUGAUUCAUUUUAGUCAUAAUUACUAUAUAUGCUCACGAAUAAUAAUAAUAAUAAUAAUUUAUAUACGAUA